AUGGGAAUUCCACAAAUCGCUCUUUAUUUUGACAUUGGUAGCCCAUUCAGCUAUAUUGCAUUCCAUGCUCUCAGAACAUCGCCCGUGUUCUCGAACUGCCAAAUUGAAUAUGUUCCCGUUCUUCUGAGAGAUCUAUUCCAGAAGUGUCAAAAUCCACCUCCGAUCACCGUGAAAAACAAGCUUCAAUGGAUCAAUAAGGAGCGUCUCUACUGGGCAAGCCGAUUUGGCGUGCCAAUGAGCGAAACGGUCCCAAAGGGCUUCCCCGCCGCCACAGCUGAUCUCCAGACUGCUCUUGCUGGUAUCUCGAAGCACGCGCCAGAGAAACUCAUAGCUGUGACCGCUAAGCUUUUCAGUAUUUUCUGGGGAAAUGGUGAUACGAGUAUUGUCAUUCCAGAAAAAUUUACUGCCGUAUUUGAGAGUGAGAUGGGCCGAAUGAGCGACGCAACCUCCGUUCAGGACCUGUCCAAUGCCGCCUCCAAGGAAAUUUUGGACAAGAAUACGGAAAUGGCCUUCGCAUCAGGAGCUUUCGGUCUACCUUGGUUUGAAUGUACAAACACCGACGGGGAUAAGGAGGGCUUCUGGGGAAUUGAUCAUUUGGGACGGGUUGCAGACUAUCUUGGAGCAGAGACAAGCUUGGAUGAGGCUUUUAAAGUGCUGAUCUAA